GAAGAUGGCAUGAGGAAAACAACAGGGAGAAGGUAAAGCGGCAAUCGUGGUUGGAAUGAGACGAGAACUACCGCAAAAGAGGGAAGAGCAGAUAAAAGAAGAGGAUGAAGGAACGGAUUCCGACGACGCGGUGAUCCACGAAUCUGGUCCUUCUUCUUCUUUUUCUUCUUCUUCUUUGUGAUCCUUCGUCCCUUCCCUCGUGCUGCUGCUCUGUUCUGUUGCUCGGUGUGAAGUCUCCGAAUUGGUUCGCAUCGAAGUGGAGAUUUAUUAUAUUGUAUAUUCUUUGACUUUUGUGUGCCUCGGUGCGAUCUCCGGCAUUGAUUCCUUCGGCGCAGGGGAAUCGAUCCUCCCCCUCCCUCCCUCCCUCCUCUGCUCGCGCGGACUGUUGAUCUCCGGAGAUAGAUAGAGAGGUUGGGCCGGACGAACUGAGGCGAGAUGAAGUCUUUAGAGCAUCAUUUUUUUGCAACCUCUUGGCUCUAGCUGCAAUGGUUUUUGUUGAUAUCUUGUUGCAAGUUGUAAUAAUAAGCCAGGAUAUGCAAUGACAACUAAACAAAGCCCGUAAUUACAUAUGAAUGAUGUAAUUAUUUGGCCAGAUAAGGACAUGGAGAAAGCAAAUUUAAGGGUCACAAUGGUCUUGGGUAAUGAGGAGCUAGUCAUCUUUGGAGAUGUUAGUUUGUGGCUUGGCAGUAGAUGAAGAGAUCUUAUCUUCCUUUGUUCUUGUUCAUAUGAACAUUGGGUUGGAAUCUAACAAGGCAGGUGCAAGUAUGAGCUAUGAACAUGGUGAAACUCAUUGCAAGAAGGUUCUUUCAAAUGGAGAUGUCUAUGUUGGAGAUUUUGAUGGUUUGCUUCCUCAUGGUACGGGAAGAUACACCUGGACAGAUGGAACUAUCUAUCAUGGACAAUGGGAGGAAAGCAAAAUUACCGGGAGAGGAAAGAUAUUCUGGCUAUCAGGAGCCACAUAUGAAGGUGAACUCUGUGGAGGUUUCCUUCAUGGAUCUGGCACUCUUUUUGGAGUUGAUGGCUCUACUUAUAGAGGAUCAUGGAGGAUGAACAAACAACAUGGGAAGGGAAUCAAGCUAUAUUCUAAUUUAGAUGAAUAUGAUGGACUUUGGAGGGAAGGCUUGCAAGAAGGUAUUGGUACGUACAGAUGGCGUAAUGGAAACACUUAUAGUGGAAAUUGGAAGGCUGGAAAGAUGAGUGGUAAAGGAGUUAUGAAGUGGACAAAUGGUGAUUUAUUUGAUGGCAAUUGGCUAGAUGGAUUAGAAAAUGGCUCAGGCUAUUAUAAAUAUGCCGAUGGGUCGAUUUAUGUUGGAAUCUGGAGUAGAGGGUUGAAGGAUGGACAUGGAACCUUUUUGCCAGCCGGAAGCAGACUACCUUAUCAACAUAGAUAUUCUGAAUAUAUUGUUUAUGGCAAUAAGGUGCAAAGUCUUGGUCCCACUUCAUUAUUCGGCAAGAGAAGAAAGAAAGUCAAUAGAUGGAGCAUGAUUGGUUAUCUCCGAAAUCCUAAACGAAUAUCACAUAGGCCAUCAUUUCUUGAUGGAGUCUGGAAUAUUGGUGGUGCUUGCGAAAGCAGCUUGUCAGAGAACACACCUUAUGCCUUAUGCUCUUCAACCGACGAAGGUCGACAUGGGCUCCAAAAUGACAGUGUUUUAGUUUAUGAUAGAGAGUACAUGCAAGGAGUUCUGAUAACAGAAAGCAUGAGAUAUUAUGACUUUAGAAGAUCACAAAAGAAUAAAUGGCACUGCAAGAUGAAGAAACAACCAAGGGGACCUGGUGAAACAAUUUAUAAAGGCCACAGAAGCUACUAUCUCAUGCUAAACUUGCAACUUGGAAUUAGGUAUACAGUUGGGAAAAUCACACCUGUGCCUAUGCGUGAAGUACGUUCCUCUGAUUUUGGGACUCGAGCUAGAAUACGAAUGUACUUCCCUAGCAAAGGAUCUCAAUUUACACCUCCACACAGUUCUAUUGGUUUCUUUUGGAAGGACUACUGCCCAAUGGUUUUUAGGAACCUUCGCGAAAUGUUUAAGAUAGAUGCCGCUGACUAUAUGAUGUCAAUAUGUGGAGGUGAUGGCCUCAAGGAGCUUUCUUCUCCAGGGAAAAGUGGAAGCAUAUUUUAUCUAUCACAAGAUGAGAGAUUUGUAAUAAAGACUCUCAGAAAAUAUGAACUUAAGAUUCUACUGAAGAUGCUUCCCAACUAUUAUGAUCAUGUAGGAGCUUAUGACAAUACGCUGAUAACAAAAUUUUUUGGUCUCCAUAGGCUGACAAUAAAAGGAAAGAAGGUUCGCUUUGUUGUUAUGGGUAAUAUGUUUCGCACAGAACUGCGGAUUCACCGUCGGUAUGACUUGAAGGGUUCAUCUCAUGGAAGAUCUACGAAUAAACAUAAUAUUAAUGAGAAUACAACAUUGAAGGAUCUUGAUCUCACAUAUGUCUUUCAUUUAGAGAAAUCAUGGCGUGAGUCACUGUUUAGACAAAUCUCUCUAGAUUGUGAAUUCCUAGAAUCACAAUCUAUAAUCGAUUAUAGCAUGUUGUUAGGACUACAUUUUAGAGCUCCUGAACAUUUCAAGGCUUAUUCAGAAUCUCAGAGUUUACUAAAGAGAAGUGCAAAUUCACAAGAUGAUAUCUCUGAUGUCCAAUUAUGUGAUGAGGUCAGAACUCCGCCGAAGGGUUUGCGCUUGGUUGCUCAUGAACCAAGUUCUGUGAGUAGCCUGCCAGGUUCACACAUGAGAGGCAGCACCUUAAGAGCAUCUGCAGCAGGCAAUAAGGAAGUUGAUCUUCUUUUGCCUGGCACAGGAAGGUUGCGUGUACAACUAGGGGUGAACAUGCCGGCGCAAGCUAGUUGGAAGCUUCUUCACGGUGAAGGGCUUGAUACAACGGAACUGGAUCCGGCUGACGUCUAUGAUGUUGUUCUCUAUUUUGGAAUCAUAGACAUAUUGCAGGAGUACAACAUGAACAAGAAAAUCGAGCAUGUGUGCAAGUCACUCAAGUUGGACCCAGUAUCUAUCUCUGCUGUUGAGCCAAAGAUGUAUAAAAAGCGGUUCAUCCGUUUCCUGGAGAAAGUUUUCCCUGAACAGACAGUUUGAAGGCACAAAAGUCUUUCUUUGGGCGACAGUGUUUCACAAAAGCCUUGGCUUUUGCCCACCGUUGGAUGGAUGAUGCUUGGGCAAAAUGGGAUAUAGUUUUUUGAUGGGAUAGGUAUUGGCCAAUAGAUUGUUUCUUUUUAAUUUCCUAUUGACUGUAUGCAACUUACAGGCAUGACAAAAUAGUUCCGUAGUUGGACUGUUAGAGUCGAUAACAAGUUGUCGUCGAUCGAGGGAGUUCUCCUGGAUACAAAGUUGCUUGUGGAUUUGGAUUACUGGAUAUCCUAACCUGCCUGGGUGGAAUAGGUAGGGAUUGUGUGUGUGUGUUUUGGGUCAGUGGGACUGCGCUGAAGAUGAACGGUGGCCUGUUCUUUA